AUGGCUUCGCCACCAAAACUAGUAUUCGAUAGACUGAAACACAAUUUGCAUGACAUUGUUAUCCGAUCUGAAGAUGGGGUUGAGUUCAAGUGUCAUAAAUUGAAUCUGAAGAAUGCGUGCGAACUCUUGGAGUUGUCGUAUAUCUAUAACGCGGAACAGUUGAGGAGAUGUUCUUUGGAUUUCAUUUGCAUUAAUUUACAAACUCUUAUCGAAACGAAAUCUAUUGAUGUGUUGAGUGAGGAAGCGUUGAAAGACUUGACAGAAUGCUAUCAGAAUCUUAUUACUCGACCCCGUAAUCGACGGAUAAGACGAUACUCUUAUGCGCCAAAUGCCGAACAAUUAGAACAAAUUUAUUCAUUAUUUGAUGCGAGCGUUGAAUUCAGUGUGAAUUUAGAGGAGAAGAAAGCGAUUCUCAAUAAGAGAGCUAACGAUAUAAAGCGCCACAAGAAGUCCAAUCGGCAGCGAAUUGAGUCCAACUCAUCCGAUGUGAUGGACUCCGAGUACUCACAGACAUCGAAGCUGUCGGUCAGUUCACCGAAAGAUGAGUCCGAACUGAGAAGACGUAUGAAUUGUGAAUCUGAAAAACCGAUGCAAACAAUUGCUGUUUCUAUGAAUUCUUCAAUCAAACCAAAGAAAUCCCAAACUCUAAGUCUGUCUGAAUUUCAAACGACAAAUACUGUCAGUCCUCCCGAAAUAUCAGUUAAACAAAAGCCAAUCACUUGGGGUAUGACUUCAUUGGCAAAACCGAUUCAGUUCUCUAUGAAAGACAUCAUUUCAGAAGAAGAGACAAAAUUGACAAAAAUCACAAAAUUUAAACCAAACUCAAUGCCUAAAGAGGCGCCGAUUGUGCGCCAAAAUCCGAUACCAAUACCGAAAACAUCGCAAAAUCGAAACAAUUAUCGGAAACCGAAUGAUAUGUCGUUUUCAAUGGACUCUAAUUCUCCGAAAUCGUUCGCACAAAUGGCUGUUUCGCCGCCAAAAUCGUUGUCCAAUCCUUGGAAAUCAAAGGACAGCCCAUCGCCGACCACCGCAUCCAUUGAUCAGUCAUUUCUUCGUAAUUAUCCACAAAUGGCUACCAUUUCUAUGAAAGAUAUCGUUCGCGAAGAGGAGGAACAGAUCCAAAAUCUUCGCGCACUUCAGACAAAGCCUUUGCAUUUGAUUAGUAUAGAAGACAAAGCUAUUGAAGAGUUGCUCACUUUUUACAAAGCGAACGCCAAUCCCGACGAAUGCAUUACUGUUGAAAGGGUGUCCACACGAAUGGCUGAACCCGUUUGGACUCGCAAUCAGUGA